UUUAGUACACAGCUCUCUACUGUUGUUCCGCAGCAACGAGCAACCGACCCAAGAUUCAGCCAUGGAUCUUGUGCUGAACGUAGCUGACUAUUACGUCCUCACGCCGUACGUGUACCCUGCGUCAUGGGCUGAGGAUGGGGCUCUACGGCAGAUUAUCAGCCUGCUUGUGUUGACAAACCUUGGGGCUGCAAUCCUGUACCUGGGCCUGGGAGCCAUCAGCUACUUCUUAAUCUUCGACCACAAUCUGAUGAAACACCCUCACUUCUUAGAGAAUCAGGUUCAGAGGGAGAUCAAAUAUGCAAUGACCUCGCUGCCCUGGAUCAGCAUCCCCACUGUGGCCUUGUUUUUCGCUGAAGUUAGAGGAUAUAGCAAACUGUAUGACAGGGUUGAUGAAUCUCCUCUUGGUUGGCCGGGGCUCUUCCUGAGUAUGAUCUCCUUCCUGUUCUUCACUGACAUGUGUAUCUACUGGAUUCAUCGCUUCCUACAUCAUAAGCUUAUUUAUAAGCUGUUUCACAAACCACACCACAUCUGGAAGAUCCCCACCCCCUUCGCCAGCCAUGCCUUUCAUCCAGUCGACGGUUUCAUGCAGGGACUCCCGUACCACAUCUACCCCUUCUUCUUCCCCCUCCACAAGGUGCUCUACUUGGCCCUGUACAUUUUCGUCAACAUCUGGACCAUUUCUAUCCACGAUGGUGACUACCGCGUCCCCAGCGGUCUGACGGAGGUCAUCAAUGGCUCAGCUCACCACACUGACCACCACCUCUUCUUCGACUACAACUACGGCCAAUACUUCACUCUGUGGGACCGCCUGGGAGGCUCCUACAGGCACCCCUCAGCUCUGAUGGGGAAGGGUCCUCACGAUUUAAUUCGGAAGCUUCAAGCAGAGGGAAAGUUAGGAGAUAACAAAGUGAAGGGUAAAGGGCAAGUGAAUGGACAUGCUCAGAGAGGAGUCACAUGUAAGGAGGAGUAAGAGUAGGGGCAAGUUAUGAUUAAUCAGCUCUUUCUGAAAGUGAUCACUAUUUUUGUAAAGACAAUGUGAGACACCUGCACUUAACUGGAAUACAUACAGGAGAAUAAUUUGAGUUCCUGUACUUGCCAAAUAAGCCGUUGUGAGAUUUUGAGUUCUGGUGGAUUAGGUGCAUGUAAAAUGGCUGCCCCUGGAUUGACAUCACUGUAGGCGAGCUUUGGGAUCGCUCCAUUCUCUGACAUACCAAUCAUGCCAAUAGGCAAGAAAGCAGAUCAAUAUCUGGCAGUGGGUUUCUAAUCUUGCAGGGCUUGUUAUUGAAGCAAGGAGUGAUAAAGUCACUCUUUUUGUGUGCGCCACAGAAGAGUUUGUAGGGAAAAGCUUUUUAUAAAUCAAUACACAACAGAGCCAAGAGACUUGAGGAGCAACAAAAGGCUGGAACUAUGUGAGCUGCUCCGCUAUCAGUGAAAAGACUCUUUGAAUGGAAGUUUGGCUUUGUGAUCAAGAACUGGGUCUGGUUUCAUACAAAAUGACUUUGAUUUAAAGUUAGAUUUAAUAUGUAUUUCAUCAUUGUAAGUUGAGAGUGAAUCUGAAACACGGCAAACCAGCAACUAUUUUAAAGAAAAAUGAUGGUAAUUUCUAACAAGUCUCAUAAUUAUGGCCGGUCUGACUAAUGGCUACUGCUAAUUACAAAUACAUAGAAAUAGAAAAUCAAGCAAAACUAUGUACAGCAUAGUGAGGCAAGCAGGACAAACUCUCCUAAAACUUUCCAAAAUAAACUUAAAUUUGACCAAAAAAUAUUUCAAAUUGUCUUUAAUUCAACUGAAAGACAACAGGAAAUUAGCCCUUUGGUUUAUCUGCAUUGGGUUUUACUUACGGGGCGAAAAAUAAUACCAACAUUUUCCUCUAAGGUUCUCUGUUUUCUUUCCUUUUGCAGAAGCACUUUCUCUUUUUGUACAAUUUAGCUGUCACAAGUCCACUUUACCAAGACAAUGCACUGUAGCAACAGCAGUAGUGCUUUAUUAGAAGAAAAAGAAAAAUAGCUAGCACAGUCAAGAGUUUAAAUUAUGGACUUAACACAGUUGUCACAGGUUUUCAGAAAUGCUUUUAAAACACCUUCAGAAAUUGUGACAACAUAUACCACAAACAGGCUCGUAGAAAUAAUAAUUGUCACCAUGGAAACUUCUGAUAUAUUACUGGAUUAGAGCUGGUGAUGUACUCCUCCUAAUUUACUUGGUCUGUUCUGCAGCUGUUUAACUCACAUUAGUUUAAAGCAAAACCUCAGACCAGCUUAUCUCAGCAGACCAAUAAAUCCUAGGUGGCACUAACUUGGUAUGAUGAGGCUAUAAAAUCAUUUAUUUUCACUCAAGAAA